AUGUUACAAUUUUUCUAUCAUAACGGGCUGUCUUGGGGUCAGGUUGUGAUCUCUUUCGCGGAUAUAAUCGCUACCCAAACUGCGCGAAGUGUUGUUUACGCAUUGCAUUGGCACGCGCGGGACCAAUGGGUUGAAUGUACUUUAAGCGAUCCCGCCAUGACUGAUAACGGCGAUUUUCGGCGCUGUGAUACGCCUGUACCCAGAAAUGAUGUUUACAUCAUUUCAACAUUAUUGAAUGAUUCUUUGGAUGGAUGGAUGCUAUUGAUGUUGAUAGUAAAAAUUAAGAGGAGCAAUCAAGGUCAGAAAAUAGGGAUAGAGAGGACAGUACUGAAGACGAAAAAGGUUGGAAAUAAGUUAAGGCGAGCAGAAAAAGAUCUGUCACGGUAG